AAAAAAGUUAGAAUAACUUCCUCUCCCGGAGACCUCGGUUUUGCACAAGCCGGCCUCGAAAUCAGAGACUUUGCAAGCGACCCAGGAGCCUGCGCUCCGCAGCCGCGGGCUUGGCCAGCGGCGUGCGCUCGGCGCCCCCCAGCCCCACGCGCGCCGGGCGGGCGCCAUGGAGGAGGGCUCCAGCUCGCCGGUGUCCCCCGUGGACAGUCUGGGCACCAGCGAGGAAGAGCUGGAGCGGCAGCCCAAGCGCUUCGGCCGGAAGCGGCGCUACAGCAAGAAGUCGAGUGAAGAUGGCAGCCCGACCCCGGGCAAGCGCGGCAAGAAAGGCAGUCCGAGCGCUCAGUCCUUCGAGGAGCUGCAGAGCCAGCGCAUCCUGGCCAACGUGCGCGAGCGCCAGCGCACCCAGUCGCUCAACGAGGCCUUCGCCGCGCUUCGCAAGAUCAUCCCCACGCUCCCCUCUGACAAGCUCAGCAAGAUCCAGACGCUCAAGCUGGCUGCCAGGUACAUAGACUUCCUCUACCAGGUCCUGCAGAGCGACGAGAUGGACAAUAAGAUGACCAGCUGCAGCUACGUGGCUCACGAGCGUCUCAGCUACGCCUUCUCCGUCUGGCGCAUGGAGGGAGCGUGGUCCAUGUCCGCCUCCCACUAGCGCCGCGCCACCCACCUCCGGACCGGCACGCCAGGACCCACCUGCAAGCCUCAGCGUAAGUGGAACUGGAUGCGUCUGCGGCUCUGACUUUUGACACCUGGACCACCUCGUGGCCCCGCAUGCCCCCAGCACCCCAGCUGAGAGUUCAGAGUGGACAGCCGACCCGGGUUCACAUCCUUUUCAGAGAUGCCCCAUGGGAUGGGCACCAGCCAUCCUGCCAGUGACUUUUGUGGCCUCAUCUCCUUACCAAGGAUCAUUCUCCUGGGUUUUGGUUUGGGGGAAUCUUUCUGGAAAGCUCUAGAUUCAGAAGUGCAUCUGUAAGGAUAUAUUGGAUUGUAUUUCCCUCUAAGUGCCUUUUUUUAAUGUAUAUUUUUAAAUAAAACAGAAAUGCAUUCUUGUAGAACCUGUUUAAACUGGACCAAGGCUCUCAGAACAAGAACCCAAGACCCCUCCCACCCCAGACCUCCCGUGACUGUUUCCAGGAAGCCUGGAAUUCUUGCCCGCACACUCCUGCUCUUUAUUUCUCCAUGGCCUGCUCAGCGAGCCAUUUUUUAUAUUCCCUGUUCAGUGUAUAUGUUGCUUAUUUGUUUAUUUAUUGAGAUAUUUUACCAGCUAAGUGACUGCCACGCGCUGUGUAUAAUGCUCCACACCCGGGAACAAUAAAGAGACCCGCACAGCCC